AUGAUUUACCAGACCAAAGACAAAUGUACUACCCAGUCAUCUGCUGAAUAUUUAGCUGGAAAAAGCAUGCUGCAAAGAGGCCAGGUUGGUAAUGUGCUAUAUGUAGACCUCCAUCAACAACCUAACAAUGAUAUCAAAGAUGAUAUGCCCAUCUCACUCAGGGAUGCUCUGGUCUUCCUGGAGCUUGCUUGCUUCAUCUCACCAGAAUCUGUGCCAAAAUCUCAUCUUAUUGUCCCUCCCAAGAAGUACUUGCCACCUACAAUACCCAGCAGUGGGGAUGAUCUGAUUGUACAAGUCAGUCAUAUCACAGAUCCACAAUGCUUCUCAGUGCAAGAGAUGGAGAUCGUGCCAUACCUCGAUGAGAUGAUGGAAAACAUCCAAGAGGCGUAUGCCAAAAGGAUUGGUCAUGAGUGGCAGGUUCUAUGCCCCCAUCCUGGUCUGGUCUGCAUGGCAUUCUUCCAAGAAGACAAGAGGUGGUACAGGGGAGAGGUCCUCAGAGCAGCUGGUAAGCAGCAAGUGGAAGUCCUGUAUGUUGACUAUGGUAACACUGCUAUCAUACACUAUACACACCUGAAGAAGAUGACUGAUGACUUCCUCAAGUUAUAUCGACUGUCCUUGCCAUGUGGUUUGGUGGAUGUUGCACCUAAAGAUGAAGAUAAAGGCUGGACAGAUGAGGCUAAGUUAGUCUUCUCUCAGUGUGUGAGCUUCAAGCCAUUAGAUGUCUCUGUUAUGGAUUUGAGGGAUGGAGUGAUUCAUGUGAUAGCAUAUGAUGAGGUCGAAGAACAACGGGUCAGUGUAAACGCACUCCUUGUCAAGAAAGGUCUUGCAGAAACAACAGGUCCUGGCUCUGUCAGUGCAGAGAUCCUCAGGGGAACUUCUCCAAAGCCAACGCCAGUCUUGCCCAGCACCACUGAUACCACCAAGCCAUCAGAAAACACCCAUAAUGUUGAUUCCAGUGGGGACAAGGUCACUGCUGAAUCGGUACCCGCUGAAACCGAUGAAACAUCUCAAAAGGCACCAGAGCCCAAACAGGAGGUGCCGUCACCAGAGACGACACAGGAGGCGAAGUCACCAGAGACAGUUCUGGUGCCAGAGACGGUUAAGGUGCCAGAGAAGAAGCCAGCCAGAUCUGCAGGGAGGUCGUCCAGAGGCUCUUCGUUGACUGUAGGAUGCAGUGGAACCCCAGGUCACUCAUCACAGCUCUCUGGGAAAUACAGUGCCUACACUGCUGUUCAUGUCAGCCAUGCUGAAGCACCCUCUUGCAUUUAUGUUCAACUCUCUACAGCUGGCAAAGAUGGUUUAGACAGUUUACUGGAAGCAAUGACACUGUUCUACAAGGAGCAAACGAAAUGUGAGAAGACCAAAUGGAAGGAAGGGGAGAUCUGCGGUGCUCUGUUGGUCAGGGAAGGUGUCUGGUGCCGAGGGCAGAUACAGUGUAUUCUCCCUGAUGAGAAUGCUGUGGUCCUAUUCACCGACUACGGUAACGAAGAAGUGGUUUCCAUCGCCAACAUUCGUCCACUUGAAGAGCGCUUCCAGAAGGAAGCUCCCUUCGCCAUCCGAUGUCACCUUGUGGACAUCCUACCUGCCGGAGGCACUCCGGAAUGGACCAAGACAUCUUGUGACUUCUUGGAAGAAAGGCUGAAUGAUCUUGAGUGUUACAUCUAUAAAAAGGGUGAUGCGGAGGAUGGCUCCCUCCCAAUAGACCUCCUCUACGAGCUGACAACCAAGGAGAAGGUUGCAAGAGAAUCCGCUGAAGACCUGGCUAGCAUUGCCGAGCUCCUGGUUGAGAAAGGUUUAGCUUUGAGAAAGAGGCGAAAGGUAUCAAGUCCAACCCAUAGAAAGAAAGUCACAAUGCCACAAGAUACUGCCAAAACACCGCCAUCUCAACGGCCAACUACAGCCGUGACCGCCACCACGACUGUGAGUCCGAAGAUGGUCUCCACCCCUGCCACGCCCCAAAGCAGUGGCGUCAGCUCCCUCAAUACCACCGCCUCUCCCACCUCCGUGGAAGCACCCACCACGCCCGAUGAAGGGUGCCCGGCGAUGCUCCUGGACGACUUUGAGAACUUUGAAGGUAGCGGAAUUCAGGAGGUGCUCCCCCGGUAUCCAGCUCCGCCCUUGCCGAUGCUCUCACAGAUCCAUCUCAUCGUCACCUAUGUCAGUGACAAGGGAGUCAUCCAUGGAUUGGAUGUGGAUAAAUUUGAAGACUUUCAGCAGAUGAUGGCUGCCCAGCAAGUUGCCUGUAACAGUCAGAAGCUCACCCCACCAGACCCCAGCUCUCUCUCCCUAUGCCAGUGUGUAUGUGCAAGAUUCACCCAAGAUGAACAGUGGUACAGGGCACAGAUCAUUGGUAUCACAGAGGAUACUGUGCGGGUGAGAUAUGUUGACUUUGGAAAUUGGGAAUCACUGCCAUUUGACCGCAUCAACCCCAAACCUUUCCAGCUGGAUGUUCCCCAGUACAGCAGAGAAUGUGUACUCUAUGGAAUACAACCGAAGUCACCAAGUAAAAGUUGGUCAGCCGAUGCUAUUUCAUUUCUCUUGGAGUCGUUAGUAGAGAAGACUUGUUUGGCUCAUAUAAGGGCAAUUUGCGUGAAAGAUGAGCCAUUAACCGUCGAGUUGACCCUACCCACUGGCGAGAGUGUCGUGAGAUUGAUGCUGAAUAAGGGUUUUGCAGAGCUGCUUGCAGACUGCGAAGAUCUGGAUGAUGGGACUUUGGAUGAUGCGAGCACCAUCACUGACGGGACGUCUACACCGGCGUUUAGCCGAGCUAUGAGUGAAGAUGGCGAAGAUGGGGCUCACUACAAUCCUGAAAUCCCCCGUUCCGUCGUCAACGUCCUCAAGGGCGUGACCGAAGCCGUUGAGAUGGAAGAGGGCGGGGCGAUGAUGGCUGCACCGGGUCAGGCAUUCCGUCCCACAAUGCUCCCUGAUGUCGGGGUAUACUUCUGGGUCACCGUUAGCCAUCUGGAUGAGCCAGACUUACUUUAUAUCCAAUACACUCAAACCAAUGAAGAUGAUCCCGAUCCAAUCAUAGCACAAGCUGCCCAGCAUGCCUUAGAGUCAGAGGAACUUGUCGCUGAACUCGCCAGUAUGGCCCCUCACCUGCCCUUUCUUCUCAAUCCGCAACCAGAUAUGCCAUGCUGUGCCCAGUACAGUGUAGACGAGAGAUGGUACAGGGCAGAAAUCAUUGAAGUAGUCAGGAAAGACAUUAUCAUGUGUCAUGUUAGGUUCGUUGACUAUGGCACGGUGGAGUGGCUAUCCUUAAACAGCAUUCGGCAGCUCCCAGCACAGUUCCUUGACCUACCGCUGCAGUGCCGCCGUUGUCGUCUGACUGGUAUCCAAGUGCCCGCCAAGCUUCCACCAAAAACACCUCUACAGUCAGGUACCCAUUGGCCCGCAGCUGCCAUCAAGAGGGUGGUUGACAUGGUGUCCAACCGAAUCCUUGUAGCAGCUGUAGAGGAGGAUGGCCCGAUACCAAUGAUCAGCCUCUACGAGAGCACCACCCAAACACUUCCUAUCUACUACUCACUGAUCCAAGAAGGCUUGGCCGAUGGCCUGGCAAACUCGGAAGAACUGCUAGUCAACGCAGCCUUCAAGGAGGUUGGACUCAUACUCUCUGCUAGAGAGAAUACAGUCACAGAGGUUACCGGAGCUACAGGGGUUGCAUCAGGUGAUGUCAGCAAGGGUGAUGUGCUACCAGGCGUGUCCAAGGUUACACCCUCGGGAAUGGAAGAAUGAAGAUGUGAACUGACUAUUGAAAAACAAGUGGAUAACCCACUGGUAGCCUGUACAACUCUUCAAGAUUCAUAUUAAAUGCAGUAUUUGUCUGUGUCAAGAUAAUGACCUAAAAUCAUAAUGCAAUAAUGAUGCAUCAUAUUUUCCCUACUUAUUUCAUGCUUUACUUGAAUGUUCAUAAAGCUACAUGUACCUUAGUUGAGGCUUGAAAAUUCAUAUGGGUAUAUCUGAAGUUUUUCCUUGUUAGUGAACAACAUUGCCAACAUGAAAACAUUAUCUGAAAAAGAAACAUCUCUUUCAUUCUUUUCCUUUAAAUCCUGACUAUCAACAA